UGGCGUUUUACCGUACUCGCGGACGUAGGUUCUGGCUACAGCCAAUCCUAUGCCAUGAUUACUCGGAUGUAGUGGUUCGGGCGCUACUGGGGCUGAUAACUUGCCAGCCUGAGAUGCUCGCGUAGUGCCACUCUCGCUGGCGUAUCCCGCAAUAAUCGCCCCCAACCGAUAUAGUUUCACCAUAUUCUGCCGAUACAGGUUCCGGCUAAGACCAAUCAGAGAUUAUCUCAAUGAUCCGGGCUAUUUUCUUCAACAACAUCGAUUUUCAGAACACCACAUUAUUGAAUUUUAGACUACGUCAACAUGCCCAAACGGUCAGCUGAUGAUGCUGGUCUCGAUGGUCUAUGGGACCUUCACAUGGACGAAAUCGUCUCUCUUUAUCGCAAAGCCUCCAUCGAAGAGGUUAUGAAGCUCAUGGAGGAGAGACACGCCUUUCGCAAAAAAAAACACGAAUAUGCAGCUCACCUGCGAGAGUGGGGGGUGACUAAGAACGUGCGCAAGCAUGAGUGGGAUUAUAUUAUCCCUCGAUACAACGAGCGUAUGAAAGAGAACAAGAAUACGGUGGUUCGCGUUCAUGGUGUCGAGAUUUCGCAGAAAAGAAUCAAGAAGGAGGAGAAGCGUUCACAACGCCAGCUUACAACCUUCGAACGCCUUCGUAUGCAACGUGAGGGGGUUCCACGUGCAAAGACACCUCCUGGGGUCGUAGUUCGCUCUCCCACACCGACGUCUCCCCAGAUAUAUGUUCGUUCAAGCCCUCUCUCAAACACAGCGCCAUCUUUUUCGUUAGGCUCUUUCCCUACCUUCGACUUUGAGCUGCGCGAUACGAUAAAACUACCAUGGUUGAGCCUCAUCAAAUCGCCUACUUUUCUCACAUCGAUUGAAAAGAAAAGUUACCAGUCACUUACUGGGAGCGAAGACUUGGGAAGACUGGUUUUCCGGCCACUUGGUUUUUGGGACCCCGUUCAAUCUUCAUAUUGCUCGCGUCAAGUUUUUCAGCCUUACGCUUCCAACACCCCAUUUCUACCAACUUCUCUGCACAAUCCUACCACCAACCCUCAUCCAACAAACUCAAACGCCGUCUCCACUGAGUUUUCCUAUUUCGACAUCCUCAAAACCGUAUUUGGUGUCAUUUCGAACAACCAACACAAAGAGCCGAUGGUGUGGGAUUUAGUCGAACUGGCGAUCAAACAGAAACAAGUUUUUACGAUUCUAGCCUCGUUUCUACGACUCCAACAACCGAGCACCAUAGCGUUUGCGGAAAAGCUUCUUCCACCAGCAAUUGACUGUGGAUCAAUUCCAUUGGUCUCGCUUAUUCUUUCUUCCGGGGUUGAUGCAAGUGCGAGGUUUUUGCAUCCAGGAACCUAUUAUUAUACAACCGCACUCCAAUUCGCCAUCAAAGCUGGACAUGAAGAAAUCUUCGAGCUUCUGUACGCGAAAAUAGGGAGACAAAGAUGUACCAAGUGCCCUUGCGAGAAUGAUAGCUGUGACUGUAAAGACUGCAUGUCGCAUAUUCAUUAUGCUAUUGAGGGAAUGUGGGGGAGUGUGACGGUUUUGAACACCGUGAUACGUCUGUAUAAAGCAGACAAUAUUUUCAAUCGCAACUCGAUCUUAUAUAGCCUUCGUGUCGCGGUAGCUCGUGAAGAGCUUGACCGUGUCCACUGCUUAUUCGAUGCCUUCCCCGAGACUCUGCAAUACGCAAGGGAAAACCCACUGUUCCUUCUGGAGGCCGCAGCUUAUUAUGUCCAAGACUGCUUUAUGUUCGAUAACCUCACAGAGAUGGGAUUGCAGCUGCAUGGUGGUUUUGGUCACGCUGGUGGUAGCGUUUUGACCAUGGCCAUUCUGGGCCGCAAUAAGCCUUUAGUUGUAAGACUUUUGAUCACUCUAUCAAACGACGAGUUGUCGAAUUACUCCAAACUAUCAGAGCGGCUGGAUCAGCGCUUUUGUUUCCGUAUUACCGAAAGAGACAAAGAGCUCGUCGGUUCCCGGUGCAUGAGCGCUCUAAUGGCUGCCGUUGGCACAUCCGACGCAGAAACCGUAGAGCUGUUGCUUGCACGAGGGUUUACGUUCCAAGCAAGCGACAAUAUCCACCCCCUCCAGUUGGCGGCAUGGCAAGAUAGCCCUCGUAUUGUUCAGAUGGUUAUUGAUCACGGCUUCGGUCAUUUCUCACACUCAUUAUCACCCUCUGGAGGGCAAAAUGGACAAAAUAUGACUUGUUUUACUAAGAAAUACUGUUCAGAGUACUUGGAUAAACGCUUGAGUCCGCUGGAAAUCGCCGUGAAACAUCGCAAAUGGGACAUCGCAAACAUACUUGGAGAUCACAGUCCCAACACACUGGCAUCUUCUUUCACUCUGGACGUUCUCUAUAAUCGGUCUUCCCCGAGCGUUUUGGAGAGAGCGAUGAAGAGAGACCUUGGUUUGAAGAGGUCAAAUGACAAUGGUCACUUUUGUCAUCCUUGGUGUGAAGUCUUCCGCAGUUCUGAUAAAGCAGGAAUCCUAUGGCUGCAGAAACAAGGGUCUUCCUUCUAUGACCUGAUCAAAUACCAUCUCCCUCUAUACAUCAUGGACGAAACAAUGGACCCGGAGAUUCUGGCCGCAGCCGUUUAUUAUGGAGACUAUGGAUUUGUCCAGAAAACUUUUGAACUCUCAUAUGGCGAUGAGCAUCGAAAGAAACUACAUCAACGAUAUGGCUCAAGUGCACUGAUAAUCGCAGUGGCCAGGGGAGAUCUUGAAAUGAUUCAGCUACUACUCGAAUUGGGGUGUGACCCUUACCAGAAACAUCAUAUGAAUGGAGAAUGGAAACGCAAACGACGCGGACCCCUGCACUUCAACAUUUUCGUCAACACCGCCUUUGAAGCAGCUGUAUACUCUUAUUUGAAGUUUUCUUAUCGACGUCAGGUCAUUGAUAUCAUUAGCUUAUUUUUGACAUGGAACAACUCAUUGACCGACAGCGACCGGGCAAACCGGACAGCCCUGCAGAUGGAAGGCUUUCUGUGGAUAAAAUUCGACGGGUACAGUAGUCUACCUGCUCCUUUUGCUCGCCGGGGUAUUGAUGAUCAGGCAUUCGAGGUUUGGUCGAGACAAUCAACUGCAAAUCAUUCAUUAAUGCUUGAACGCGCACUCCAGUACGCAACAUCCAAAUUGUAUGUUGAGUAUCUCUCGGACAAGUCCCGGCAAACCUGCGAACAAAACAUCGACUGGUUGCUUAAGAUUGGAGCGGAGGUGAACGCUCCCGCUUUUGGCCACGCCGGACAUCGUUCCAUGCACACUCCCCUACAGCACGCGGUUUCGGGCAACAAUUUCUCUCUUGUCCACAAGUUGUUGCCGUUGGGAGUGGAUGUGAAUGCUGCGCCUGGGAAAAUGCGCGGUGCUACUGCGCUUCAAUUUGCAGCACUCCGCGGAAAUUUCCCGAUUCUGGAUUUGUUACUCAAUGCCGGUGCAGAUAUAAAUGCGCCUCGAUCCCCAUAUCGUGGACGCACUGCAAUUGAAGGCGCUGCCGAAAGCGGGGCACUAGACAUGACUGCCUACCUCCUUCAAAAGGGAGCCAGCGUUGGUGGUAAAGAGAAUGGUGCCUACAGAAGAGCUAUUUUCCGGGCUUACCAAAACGGACAUGUUGCUGUACUCAAGUUGAUCCAAGAGUGGAAAAGGAAGCAUUCCGGGGAUGACGAUUGUGAGGAAACUGAUGCAAUAUGCGCCACGAUGACUCACUACGAACUUGAGCACGAACUGGGCUGUAAUGAAGUAUGCACAGAGGGUUCAUGUUACGAAGACUGGUGUCGUAACAAGGAGAGCUAUCGGAAGUGGUCAAAUGAUGAAUAUCAUGACGUUUGGUCUAUGUUGUUGGAUGUGUAG